AUGGCUGCGAAUGCCUCUACCGCUCCCUCGCCGCCCGCGGCGGUCCCUGCUCGCCAUGAAUCAAAGCGGGAGAGGAAGCGCCAACUCCUCACCGAGCGCCUCCAGCAGAUGUCUGACAAUUUCACAAGAAGUCGAGACAGCGCCUACCGCGAGCAGCUCCAGAAGAUCCAGCUAGACACCAAUCUAGUCAUGCGUGUUGAUCCCUAUUCUGAGCGACCCCUUGAUACCCUUGACGGCCAACAAGUACAACUAGCGAUGGGUCAGAGUACCGAUCCAGCUACCGCGCGGACCUUACUUGACAUGGCGGGUCCUAAGUUCCAGGAUUGGGUUCACAAGAUUGAGGACCUGGUUGAAGAGCGGGAUUUCGAGAUCAGCAAGCAAAAGCUGGAGUACGAGAGAAAAAUCAAGGAGCACCGAAAUGUUCAUGCAUACAAGGUGAUGCUAGCCAAGCGCGAGCACGACUCCCUCUCAAACACGGUCCGCGACCGCCUCAUCAACACCAUAUCAACCAAGAAAUUCCGUCUUAGCAAGGAGAAGGAAGCUCUAGAGAUUUCCGAUGCCACCGCCCUACUCCUUCACCCGAACCAAUUCAGCAUUACCAAUCCCGCCAGUCCUGGUGGUACACAUGGCAAGAGAGCCACUAGAUUGAGAAGAGAGAUGGAGGAGAUGCCAGGUUUCUCCGAUAGCAAGAAGCGAAAGAGAAACGGGAAUGAGGACGACGGGUCCCCUGCCCCGCAACGCAGAGCCCUUGAUACCAGUAACACCACUCCAGUUUGGCAAGUGGACCGACUCCGCAUGGGAAAAUCAACUGGUCCAGUCUAUAGCAUUGACAAACUGUUCACGGAUAAGGAAUUGUCAAUGAACUACAACACCGCAGCACUUGCAUCGCACAAGUACUUGCUCCGUCAUAAGUCAAAGGUCAAUGGCAAUGGUGUCGUCUCUUCACCCUCAGAGGAAGGGUCUGGUGAUGAGCGAGAGGAUGGCGAUGAUGCGGAAUCCAUCCCUUCUGCUCCCGUCAUGGAGCGACAGGUUUCGCAUGCCACGAGAAGUACCCGAGGAGGCACACAUACUGCCAACUUCCUCGACAAUAAGCUCCUAGGCCUGGAAGCACUGGCUAACUUUGAGCUACCCGAGAAUUUGAGCCGACUCGAUGCCCAAGAUCCCAAAUUGCCACCGCUUGUGCCAGCCCCGUAUAACAAAGCUAAGCCAAUGAGUGAGGCUAAUGGCCCACCGGCUUUAGCACAAGACGACGUCAGCGCGGACAUGAUGGCUAUUUCAGUCCUGCGGCAAUAUGAAACUGCACACGGAGUCGGCUCUAACCUUGACACAUCAAAUGGCGGCCGAAAGGUGCUUGAGGCUGUAUCUUCUACCCCACGCGACAGCAAAUAUGUUGCUCUCAUUCAAGGCGAUCGGCCAUCCAUGGAAGAUCUUCGUAAUGAGCUGAGACUUUCCGGCGGCAGUGGUCUUACUGCUGGUCCAACUAGUGUGCAUGGAGGAAUCGGUGCGUCCCCUAUGAGCCGACAGAGCUCUCUCGGAGGGGUGGCCAUGAGCCGCCAAGGCACUGGUGGCAGCACCAGAGGUGCGCGUCGCCGAGGAGGUUGA